ACCCCCCCGAGUCACCGGGUCCCCUGAGUCACCGACGCCCUCCGCGCCCGCCGGGAAACCCCAUGAGCUUCGCCCCCUGCGGGGCUCCGAGCCCGUGUCACAGGCCCGCGGACGCGGGCGGCACUUUUCUCCGUACCUUCUACCCUCCGGUGCGGUUCCCUGCUAGGAAGCCGCCUGGGCUUCUGCUCUCGGGCCCUGAACUCACAGACGGAACCUUCUGAUCAACAACUGCCUUCUUCUGGGCCUCAGAGGAGCGCAAGGCUCAGCAGUGCUUCGAUGAGUCACCGAGGAAGCAGAAGAGAAAAUCUGGGUUAAAGAUCAGUUCGAGCAAACAACCUCUCUCUGAUAACUCUCCCUGCAUGAAACCCGGGCUGCAGUAGCAAACUGCGGAGUUGAAGCUUUGAAGGAUGGGUAGAGACUUCCGGUAUUAUUUCCAGCAUCCCUGGUCUCGCAUGAUCGUGGCUUACCUGGUGAUCUUCUUUAACUUCCUGAUAUUCGCGGAGGACCCAGUUUCUCACAGCCAAACAGAAGCCAAUGUUAUCGUCGUUGGAAACUGUUUCUCAUUUGUAACAAACAAAUACCCCAGAGGAGGUGGCUGGAGGCUCCUGAAGGUGCUUCUGUGGCUCCUUGCCAUUCUCACAGGACUAGUAGCUGGCAAAUUUCUGUUCCAUCAGCGUUUGUUUGGUCAGUUGCUCCGGUUAAAAAUGUUCCGAGAGGACCACGGGUCGUGGAUGACAAUGUUCUUCAGCACAAUUCUCUUUCUCUUCAUAUUUUCUCACAUAUACAACACGAUCCUUCUAAUGGAUGGGAGCAUGGGAGCAUAUAUCAUUACAGACUAUAUGGGCAUCCGAAAUGAAAGUUUCAUGAAAUUAGCUGCAGUGGGGACCUGGAUGGGGGACUUUGUCACAGCUUGGAUGGUCACCGACAUGAUGCUUCAGGACAAACCCUACCCUGACUGGGGGAAAUCCGCAAGGGCGUUCUGGAAGAAAGGAAAUGUUAGGAUCAUUUUAUUCUGGACGGUUCUUCUCACUCUGACCUCCGCCGUCGUCCUGGUCAUCACCACCGACUGGAUCAGCUGGGACAAGCUCAACCGGGGAUUUCUGCCCAGUGACGAAGUUUCCAGAGCGUUCCUGGCUUCCUUCAUCCUGGUCUUCGACCUCCUCAUCGUGAUGCAGGACUGGGAAUUCCCACAUUUCAUGGGAGAUGUUGAUGUGAAUCUCCCUGGACUGCACACUCCUCACAUGCAGUUCAAGGUUCCUUUCUUCCAGAAGAUCUUCAAGGAGGAAUAUCACAUUCACAUAACAGGUAAAUGGUUUAACUAUGGAAUUAUCUUUCUUGUCUUGAUUUUGGAUCUUAAUAUGUGGAAGAACCAGAUAUUUUACAAACCUCAUGAAUACGGACAAUAUAUUGGCCCAGGGCAGAAAAUAUAUACAGUGAAAGACUCCGAAAGUUUAAAGGAUUUGAACAGAACCAAGCUUUCCUGGGAGUGGAGGUCCAAUCACACCAACCCUCAGACUAAUAAAACGUAUGUGGAGGGAGACAUGUUCCUGCACAGCAGGUUCACGGGGGCCAGUCUUGACGUCAAGUGUCUGGCCUUCGUCCCGAGCCUGAUAGCCUUCGUGUGGUUUGGGUUCUUCAUUUGGUUCUUUGGACGGUUUUUGAAAAAUGAGCAAGGCAUGGAGAACCAAGACAAAACGUACACGCGCAUGAAAAGGAAAUCCCCGUCAGAGCACAGCAAGGACAUGGGACUCACCCGAGAAAACACCGGGGCCUCCGUGGAGGACCCGUUGAAUGACCCGGCCCUGGUCUGCAUCAGGUCCGACCUCAACGAGAUCGUCUACAAGGCCUCCCACCUGACGUCGGAGAAUUUGAGCUCGCACCUGCAGGAGCCCGCCAGCGGGGCGGAAGCCGACCCGGAGCCGGCGACCUCCGAGAGCACACCCGCGACAGGGGCCGCGAGCCCGGCGACAGCCCGGGGGCGGCCUUGAGCGUCGCCUUAACGAGCUAGUCUCUCCUCUUGCACAGGUGAGGUUUCCGUAGUCUAAGAAAUAACAUGCAAGGCCACAACGGUGCUCAACACGCUUUUUCUAGGACUCAUUGUUUUCUAUCUGUAUUAUGAUCCACGUGCCUACUGUGUAGCUAGUGGUCCUCUAGAGAUUGCUUUUCACAACCGCCCAAGCUAUUCGCCGACUUCCCAGCAGAGUAGACGACAAGCCGACUGCCCGUGUGUCUGAUGUCUGACCAUAGUGGUGCCUUGAGACAUUAAACUGUUUUUAACGGUACGAGAAAGAAAGAGUGGCACCGUUCUCUGACCUACUUCAUGUGGGGGCCUCUGUGUACGGUUCUUCUGGUCUACACUUGAGGUCUGAGCAGGAUAAAGGGAUGGCCCGGGUGCGGCUCAGGAAGUUCUCCUGGUUUCUUACUCAGCGGUGGAGUUGGGGACUUUGACGCAAGACUGCCGAGGGGCAUGGUGAUUACCUGUGAAUUUUUAUUGGCCGUCUGCCAUGUACAAAUGCAGAUGCAGAAUUCAGUCGUAGGAGAAUGAUAAUCCAGCACGGGUCACUACUUGCGAAAUGUGACUCUCUCCACCAGUAAUGGCAAUUAGGCAGGUGAUAAUGCCUAAUUAUGUUUUCCUAAUUAAAGAUAAAUUGCUACUUGAUUAAAAACCUUGCCCUUCACCUUUGGGAACUAAGGUUAAGAGGCACAAUUGGGCGAAUUCUCGUUUAUUGGCAUUUAUGUAAAGCCCUAGAAAACCAAGGGGCUGAGGUUUUAACCAUGUGAGGGCUGUGCAGUCUGCCGUCUACAAUGUUUGCACAUCUUUCUAUAAAUAUGGCUCUGAACGGUGAAAAUUGAAAGGCAGGUGCCAACCCUGAGCAGGGAAAGUCCUCUAAAAAUCACAUGCAAAACUUGUGAGGUAGAGAAAGGGGUGCAUGAAAGAAUCUGUGUAGUGGCUUGUGUGUGCCUUUUUUUUGGUUUUUGUUUUAAGAAUUAAACAUUGCACAUUAAUAAAGAAUUAUACAUCAAUAA